AUGGGCCAAGAGCGAAGUAUACUUUCAAGGAAGUCACAAAACACAAUUGAAAUGUUGUCAAUGACGUGGGUGCAAUUUGUUAAGCUUAUCUGCGAACUCAAUGACAGAUGUGCUAAUUUUGUUGACUCGGACGGAAGACAUUUAUUGUUUGCAAUUAAAAAAGGCACUGCUAAUACGUUGCUUUGGAAAAUAACUGUUAGAAUAUGCACUUUGAAAAUUAAUGCAAGGUCGGCUGAUUCCUACCGUGUAUUCACAUUUGAACAAUUUUUGACUCUUCAAAAAUCAUUAUAUUAUUUGCUGACACUAUUUCAAGGACACGUCCUUAAUGCACAUAUGGACAGAGCUCUUACUGCCACUGAAUGUAUAAUAUGUAUGGAACGUAGGCCAGAUGUAGUGUUGCCGUGUGUUCAUACUUUUUGUUCGUUAUGUAUCGAACAGUGGAAAGCUAUGAAGAAGGACUGGUGUCCGCUCUGUCGUAAUCCUUUAGAGCUUGAUGGAAGCGAUGCAUGGGUAAUUCCGGAUGUGAUCGAUGAUAGUGAACUCAGGAAUUAUUUGUUUUCCUUGACAAAAAUAGAAGAAAGCAAGAGUUGA